AUGGGGGUGAGCUCCUACCCCGCCCUGGGAGCAACAAUAGAAAUUCUAUUGGAAUUUCGUUUUCACAUAAACGAGGAUUUUAAAGCAAGUAGAAGCAGUCGCAGCAGUUGUUCUCCUAGUCGUUAUAGGUCUGCAGUUGAAGUUCUUGUCCUUCUUUCUUGGAAGCCUGAAAGGGAGGGCUGCUCGAAGCCUUGUCCGGGUAGAAGUCUACUAGGAAUUGUGUAUUCCCGGUUGAGCACUAGUAGGGUAGAACUAGAAGCUAAAUUAAGUAGAAACCGUCAUUCCAAAUGUACUAGGACAACUACUUAACAAGUAGUCUCAAGCCUUGUUCUCGUCAACUGGCUGGUCGUGCAGAGUUGCUGCUCUCCAAAGAUGGACCUGCUCUUGUUGCGAAGUAUUUUUUUGAGGGGAAAAGAAACGAAGGAUUAAGAAUAUCCUGUUUGGGUUAAGGUUUCACACGUUUCGAGUUGUCCUUACAUUCGCAGAAUGAAAGCGCGUUUCGAAAUUGAAGACCGCCAAAAAGAUGCUCCUCUAUGAUCAGACUGAGCUUCUAUGCCUAACCUCGCAUGCUUCAUUGGACCUUUAUUUCAAAUACGGGUUUAUUUAGAAUGAGUAGCUUUCUACGCAUGACUGGUUUUCAAUGAAUUAUGGUUCACCAUCAGGAAAUCCAAAAAAUUUUUAGCGUGAGUAAGUACACAUUACACAAUACUAAAAGAAGAUUUUUCUUCAUCCACAUCAGUUUUUCAUUCUCGUGUCCAUGAUAACUUCCGUUUGUAUAGAAGCAAACUGAGUAGGAGACACCGUUGGAAUCAUGCCGCAGUGUUUCCGCUCCUAGCGAUCUUCAUGACUUGAUGUUCUUUUCUAAUCAUCAUCGUAAUGAUCUUGAGUACCUAAUCGUAAUUUGUCAUCCUUUUCCUUCACGAAAGGAUCCAACCUGUAAUUUCUGCCGAUCCGGUGCUAAAUGCUCAGGGCUCGCGCUUUUUGUAUGCUUGUCCGCGUGUUGUGUCAGCGUUGCUAGACUUCUUGGCAAACACCCUAUGUUUUACCCGGUGACGGUAGCGGUUAUUUGGCAUGAUUUCCUAUCUCUUUUAUUAUCAAUCUACGGUCAUAUUAAUAUCUCAAUCUCGGAGCACAAAAAACCAACAAACAAGCUGUGGCACUUUUAAAAAUUCUCGAUUAGUGCUGAUGAUAGCAGAUUCUGAUGUGGAUGUGAUACUAAGGCAUAUGAAUGGCGGCAGCGUUGAC